CCCAGGCUUCUUGCUGUAAAAUUUAUGCAAAGGUUGAUUGUUUCGAUUAACCUUGUCCGAGUUUUGGAUUUUGAAUAGUUGAGGAAGAAUUUAUUAUUGGGCUAAUGCUGUUAAAUUUUGGUAUUUGAUAAUGAGAUUGGAAGUCGGGAGGGGGCAGAUUGAGGGGAGCUCAUUGGUUUGGCCAUUUUCUACGAGCAUUUUCAGUGUAUCAUUUCUAUUUUUCUGCAUGUCACUAGGUUUCAUUUCUUUGUUUUAUGUUUGUGUUUUGUUCCUCCAGCCAUGAAAGUACGUGCUUCAGUGAAAAAGAUGUGCGAGUUUUGUAGGACAGUGAAGCGUCGAGGUCGAGUGUAUGUAUACUGCUCAUCCAAUCCCAAACACAAGCAACGCCAGGGCCUAUCAACAUCUGCUAGUGAAGGACCUUCUCCCCACCUGUUCCCAAGUAGUGAGGUGAAGCAAGAGAUUCUUCCCAGUCAUAGCUCACGAACAGGUCUGGCUUCUCUCCUCCCCCAAAAGCAUGAGCCAACAAUGUUGUUUGGUUGGAGAAUGGGUCUAGCUUCAAUCCUGUUGAAGAAACACAAUUAACUGAAGUCCACGAUUACAAACAUCUCGAUUUCUGAGAGCCAUGAAAAUUUCUACAAUUUCAUUCUGCUCCUUAACAAGAAAAAAGCUCUGCUGCUCUGAGUUUUGUUCUGUUUGAGUUGGUUUUGAUAUUUAGAAUGGCAGGACGAGCUGUUACAUUGAGCCGGCGAUCAUUUUCAUUUUCAGCUUCUGAAAAGUGGCGGCAGAACUGAACUGCGCCUGUAUUAUGUUGAAGAUUAGAACAUGACUUGCAAUCCUUAAUUUUCUUCUAAAUAAUCCUCAAAUCCAUCAACAUAUGAUGAAUCAAGUUGUAUGCUAACAAAUUAAGAAAAGUUUGAAUUAUAUUUAGUCUCAUUUUCCAUAUCUA